GCUUUUUAACAUAAAAAAUACUGAUUUUGUAAUAAUCUUUUAUCUCCAUCUGUACCAGCGCCACUAUGGCUUUGGAAGAUGUUUGUGGCUUCAAUGAAAAGGCUUUUUCAUCUUUGGAGGAUACAACAUCUGUUCAUGUAACUGACAGUUACAGCCUCAAAUGGAAACGACAGGAGAUGCCCUAUCAUUUCUUCGUGCCACCUUUACCACGGCUUAACUUUUCCAUCACAUCUCCUGGCAGCUCAAGAAAACAUUUAGUGACCGUGCGCAGGCCCUUUCCUUUGGCACAUGGAACUACUACCCUGGGUUUCAUCUUCCAAGGUGGAGUAAUUGCAGCAGCAGAUACUCGCGCCAGUGCUGGAGGACUCGUUGCCUGUCCAGCUGUGCAUAAGAUUACCCCAGUUCACUCCCAUUURGUGGUCACCUCCUCCGGCAGUGGUGCAGACUGCCAGCUGUGGGAGCGCGCUCUGAUUAGAGAGAUCCGACUUUACCAACUGCGGCACAGGCGUCGCCUCUCAAUACGUGGCACUGCCAAACUUCUGUCUUUAAUGCUCCAUCCYUUCAAAGGCACUGAGGUGUGCGCAGCUCUCACCCUGUGCGGCUGGGAUGUGGAAGAGGGUGGCCGUGACUAUGCCAAGAACUUGGAAGACMCAUCUUGUAUGACAGAUAGCUCUUCAGGUGUCAUUAGUUCAGCAACCCAUUCACUGUCCCCUAACUGUGGCCCCCAAGUCAUCUAUGUGUGCAGCGAUGGAGCCCGACUCCAGGGCGAAGUCAUCUCUGUGGGUUCUGGGUCUCCUUAUGCCUACAGUGUUCUGGAUGGGAGUCUGAGUUGGGACUUGAGUAAGAAAGACGCCAUUUCUUUGGCAAGAGAAGCAGUGUUCAGAGCCACUCACAGAGACGCCUACUCAGGAAACAACGUCGACCUUUUCCUCAUUACAGCUCAGGGAUGGAGCCAAAGACAGAGAGAGGACCUGAAAGAGGAAUAUUAUAGAGAUAUGGAGAGAAAAGUCAAAAAUCAAGAAAAGAAAAGCGUGACAACAGAAGUUAUGAAAUGA